GGCGACAGCUGUCUGUACAUACCCAGGCGGCACCAUGGAGGGGCGCAGAGCCGGAGGAUGUCACAGGAGCAAGGACGCAGCAGCGGCCAGCCGGGAACCCCGGAGUCCGGGGAGCCCAGGCCCGAUCAGGGCCUGAUGGAGUGGGGCCGGGCCCGCCAGGUCUAUCUGGUGACGGGCGGCUGCGGGUUCCUGGGCUCCCACCUGGUGCGGAUGCUGGUGGAGCGGUCGCCCAACGUGGCCGAGGUGCGCGUCUUCGAUCUGCAGCUGGAUCCGGCCCUGGGGCAGCUGGGGACAGACAAGGUGAAGGUGACCCUGAUCUUGGGGGACAUCAGUAGCCCCACGGACGUUGGGGCUGCCGUGCAGGGGGCGGACGUGGUGAUCCACGCAGCCAGCUUGGUGGACGUGUGGGGCAGGGUCCCGCCCGAGAAGAUCACGGAGGUGAACGUUCACGGGACCAAGAACGUGAUUGACGCCUGUGUCGAGCAUGGGACCCAGUAUCUGAUCUACACCAGCAGCAUGGAGGUUGUAGGCCCCAACACCAAGGGGGAUCCCUUCUACAGGGGGAACGAGGACUCGGCCUACAAUGCCCAGCACGAGCAGCCGUACCCCCUGAGCAAGGCGCAGGCCGAGCGCAUGGUCAUCGAGGCCAACGGGACGCCGCUGGGGGGCGGUCGGUGGCUGGUGACCUGCGCCCUGCGCCCCACGGGGAUCUAUGGGGAGAAACACCCGCUAAUGAAGGAAUUCUACGAGAAGGGGCUGCAGACGGGACGCAGGCUGCUCCGGGCCAUUCCCGUCAGCACCGAGCACGGCCGGGUCUACGUGGGCAACGUGGCCUGGAUGCACGUGCUGGUGGCGCGGCAGAUGCAGGAGGCCCCGGCGGCCAUCGGGGGCCAGGUCUACUUCUGCUACGACGCCUCCCCCUACAAGAGCUACGAGGACUUUAACAUGGAGAUCCUGGCCUCCUGCGGCUUCCGCCUCCUGGGCUCCCAGCCCGUCGUGCCCCACUGGCUCCUGCGCUGCCUGGCCCUGGCCAACGACCUCCUCCGGCGGCUUCUCCGGCCCUUCUUUUCCUACGCCCCCCUGCUGAACCCAUACACCCUGGCCGUGGCCAGCACCACCUUCACGGUGCAGACGGACAAGGCCCAGCGCCACUUCGGCUACCAGCCCCUCUACAGCUGGGAGGAGAGCCGAGCCCGCACGGUGGCCUGGCUCCAGGAGGUCGACGCCCAGAGAGAGGCGGGGAAGUAGGGCAGGUGGGGGACGGAGCAGCUGGGCCUUGGUUCCAGCCGGCGUCUUUCUUUGCAAUGAAUCCGGCUCCGGAGAGAGGGAUCCAGAUCCAGGUGUUGUUCCAACCCGCCAGUGCCGGGGGAAUGUGGGAAUCCAGAUCCGGAUUUUGCUCUGAUCCUACCUCCAGCCUUCCAGUGAAUCUGGCUCCAUGGAGAUGGAUUCCAGAUCCGGGUUUUGCUUCCAGCCUCUGCCCCUCAGCGCAGAGGAAUUUGCCAGUCCAGGUCUUGUCUCAUCCCAGCACACAGCGGCCUCGGUUACCUUGGGAUCCAGAUCCGUGUCCCCCCCCCCCGCCCCCCCGUGCAUUCCUGCAGACCAUCCCGCGCUGAUCGCAAGUGGAUCCGGAUCUGGGUUUUGUUACCAUCCUGGUGCUGUGGUCCAGAUCCCCAGCGCACUUCUGGGGAGGAACCAACUCUACUGUCACGGGAUCUGGACCUGCAGCCCCCCCACCCCCCCAGCCCCAUGUCAUCGCAGAGGCGGGUCAGACAGCUGGACCCGGAUCCUACUCAGACGGCUCCUGGACUCCAUGCUCCAUGGAGAUCCCGCUCCGGGAUUUCUUUCCAGCCUAUGUAUUAUCCCCCAGCCUGGACUCCAUGCUCCAUGGAGAUCCCGCUCCGGGAUUUCUUUCCAGCCUAUGUAUUAUCCCCCAGCCUGGACUCCAUGCUCCAUGGAGAUUCCGCUCCGGGAUUUCUUUCCAGCCUAUGUAUUAUCCCCCAGCCUGGACUCCAGCUCCAUGGAGGCCAACCCGCCUAUUAGACCUGUUGGGUUGGAGUCCAUUCCCCAUCGGACUCCAGCUCCAGGCUUUCCUUCAGCGCACCAAUCCCUCUGGUCUAAGCAUUAACUUCCUCAAUCGUUAUGAUUAAUUAUUAUUAUUAUUUUAUUAUGACUAAUUAUAAGAAGAGGCCGAAAGUCCACACAGACGCACCAAGCAAAGUCUGGUAACUUAUGUAUUA